AUGUCUCGCUAUCCAACACCGCCGCACAGCCAGACCGACUCACAAUCAAUCGGACUAUCAUCCUACCACCAGCAGAAGUCACUCUCAUCAUCCCAACCAGCCGCAGCUCACUCUCCCUCAUCAUCACCCGCCCCAAACAACGAACAGCUGGAUGCCCAGAUCAAACGCACCGCACGAACCCACUACGACCUGCUCAACUCAUGGCUCCACAACCCAUCCGACCAAUCCAACAAAUCUCCUCCGAACCGAUCCAAUCCCCGUGACAAACUCACCCGGCUGACCCGGCAACAGUUCCAGGAACUCAGUACGGAUGUCUACGACGAACUGUGUCGAAGGAUAGCCGACUCUGAAGAACCACAACAGCCACAAAACGGUGCCGCCCCCUUUCUAGCAUCAAGAGACGAAUUUCAUCCCAAACGAAAUCAAGCCCGUCAGAAAUUAGCCUCCCUGCCUCGCUCCCGCUUCAAAGAUCUGGCCAGCGAUGUAUUCUACGAACUUGAACGACGAUACCCAGAAUUCCUACAGCCCGAUCACACCAUUCCCUCAAAACAGAAUUAUACCACACCCGUCAGGAACAAGCUCAACCAGUACAAUCCUGAUCCUCAAAGACCCCCACCCUCUCUUCCAUCAAACCCUGGCCGACCACUCAAUCCACCCAUGAAUGCGGCCACAGGACUUAUCACCACAGAUAUGGUCGUGCCCGACAAAUCCACCCUAGUGAUCGAAAAUAAUGAUGAUGCCUAUGAUGACCAGAUCUCAGGAGAUGUCAACAGUCUCGAACCCCCAUUACGAACCGCCUCCAUCGACCAACCUAACUCGCGUGACAUCCUCAAGCCUCCUGCUCCACAUGAUCAUCGCCCCCGCUCAGGCAGUCUUUCGUCUAUCAAAUAUCUCUCUCAUAAACGAAACGAAUCCGAUUCCCAUCUGGCAUUCAACCGAAUCAAUAGCAAUGGAUCCAAAGUCUCAAUCAGUGAAUACGACCGUCAGAUUGCCACCCUGCAAACCAAAAUCAUCACCCUCGAAAAAGAACUUCGUGAGACUCAGCUCAACAGCACCAGAUCAACUUCAAACUCCGCCCGGCUGGAAGAAUGCGAAGAGGAGAUCCUCCAUUGGAAACAGCAAUGCGAAGAGCAGAAGCAUCAAAUCAAGACACUGCAAACAAGCCUGCAGGACGAGAAGAAAUCUAAAUCCAAAGAGUACCAAUCUGCCGAGCACGAGAUCCAAGAGCUAAAACGGCAAAUCUCCCAUCUAAAUCAGCGGUUGGAAUCUAGACCCGCGUCGGAUAGCAACAGUAGAUCGAAUGACUCGGUCGUCGAAAGACUGAAGGCCGAAGUCGUCGAGCUUAUUGACGAGCUGAGACAGAUGCACAGCCGGCAGGAUUUACUUUUGGCUGAACAAGACCGCUUUCAGGAGACCAUUCAAGACCUGGAAAAUACUGUCGAACUCAAUAAAAGACGCUAUGAAGCCGCCAAGACCGAGCUACGCGACCUCAAACGUUCAUCAACGAUAUAUGCGCCCAAGGAAUUCCUACCAAAUGAAAAGUUACCCCUCACCCAAAAUGGUGCGAUCGUCGAUAUCCACUUUACCUCCUAUACAGCCUCGAUAGACGAUCUGCUGCGGAGUGGGCGAUCGAAUGUGUCCAACGAGCUGAUCUCGUCCGUGAGGAGGGUCAUCGAUACGGUCUCGACGAUUGAUGAAGACAUUCAACAAUUCGAACUUGAUCCGAGCAUGUCUGGGAGACUUAAUCUUGAGGAGCAGGAAUCACUAGACACGAUGAAGACGCGAAUCAACGCCACGCUCAGUAACUUGAUCACUGCAACCAAGAACCAUGUCGUCUCCCUUGGCUUAUCCCCGAUCAGUCUCCUGGAUGCAGCUGCUAGUCAUCUCUCCUUCAGCAUGGUCGAACUGGUCCAGCUAGUCGGGAUGCGUCGGGCAACUGAGGCGGAGAUCGAGAUGAGUGAAAACUUCCACGCCAAUCGGUCCAAGUAUGAUGAUGAUGAUUCACAUCAGAAUGGUGGGGCGCAGAUCACGGCCUCAAAGCCCCGUCCGGCCAACAAUGGACUUUCCCCUUCUCCUAACCACACCGCCGGGAUAGGCUCUCUGGGACGUCGAAAUGAUGACUCACCGGCUCCAUUAAGGAUCAACAAAGACAGAGACCGCGACUCUCCUCGGAGCCAACAAGGCUCGGGCGCGUCUCCACGCGCUGACCCAUACGAGCAACCGGGCAAAUUGAACGGAUUCCUGAGCCGGAAUCGGCCACCUGGAGCCUUAGCGACUAACCAGCCGAGCUCGAAUGGCCGGAACCCGACUGAGAAAAGCCCUGGCGGACCGCUAACCAGUCGGACCCAACAGAUCGCAAGCAAGUUUGAAGAGCUUCGAUCGCCAAGCGGGUUCGAUGGUAGCAACGCCUCCGACCUCAGAGACUCUGUGUCCGGCUCGUCGUCGACUAACCCAGACAAAGUCUUCGAUUCUCCGCCAAGGGCCGGCAUGCUCAACCGUGCCUUCCGCAACGUCCCCUCAAUCCCUAUCCGUCAUGAUCUAAACGGCCAAGCUGGCCGUGAUCGUUCCAACUCCAGAUCUGCUCGUACCGAAACUGCUAACUCUGGAGACCGAUCAGGAGAGAUGAGCGCUCAAUCUGAUGAAGAGGUUGAGAAAUUAAAGGUUUAUCUAGAGACACAAACCGAGUCGAUAGUAGGUUCGAUCCAAUCGCUCCUGUCGACGAUCCGAGGGACGGCGCAAGUCUCGGCUGCAGCGACGGAGGAGAUGGAUGGGAACCUGAGCCAGAUCAUCAAGAUCGUCUCCGCCAUCGUCGACCGCUGUUCCUCCUCCGUCUCGGCCCGUCCGACGGACGGCAAGACCCAGAAGAUCCUCGCCGAGCUCACCGAGAACUGCCAGAAACUCAGCCAGAUGCAGGACGGCGGCUUCCAUAACCCGACCCCCGGCCAGCUGGGCUUCUCUAAGCAUGUCAAGCAGGCUAUGGCUGCCGCUAGCUUCGGCGUCGCCAAGGCUCUCAAAGAAUUGAACUCUCAUGUCUCGGGAGCUGGCGAAGAAUCCUUGCUAUAA